GGACUGGAAGCCCUGCCCCUGAGAGCGCCCGGCCCGCGGCGCGGUGCCCGGGGCUCCUGCGGAGCGGCCGCGGCGGGGAGGGGGCGGCGCGGGGCGGGGCGGUAUAUCCAGUCUGGCGGAGGGCGGGCCCGCCAGUGCCGGGCCCGGACGGCGGGUGGAGGCGCCGGGAGCAGCCCAGAGCCGUCGCGCGCGCGGACCUUCGCUCUAUGGGCACAGGGAGCCGCUGAGCGCGAGAAGAGCCCGCUUCCGCCGCCGCCCGAACCUCGCGCCGCUCGGCUCGCUCUCCAGGCCCGCGCCCCGCGCCCCGCGCCCGCGCCGCCAUGAACCACUCGCCGCUCAAGACCGCCUUGGCCUACGAAUGCUUCCCGGACCAGGACAACUCGACGCUGGCUCUGCCGUCCGACCAGAAGAUGAAGACCGGCACGUCGGGCCGGCAGCGCGUGCAGGAACAGGUGAUGAUGACCGUCAAGCGGCAGAAGUCCAAGUCUUCCCAGUCGUCCACCCUGAGUCACUCCAACCGAGGCUCCGUGUACGACGGCCUGGCCGACAACUACGACUACGGGACUGCCAGCCGGAGCAGCUUCUACUCCAAGUUCCAGGCGGGGAACGGCUCGUGGGGCUACCCGAUAUACAAUGGAACCCUCAAGCGGGAGGCUGACAACAGGCGCUUCAGCUCCUACAGCCAGAUGGAGAGCUGGGGCCGGCAGUAUCCGCGGGGCGUCUGCACCGCUCCGGGCGCCGGCAGCGACAUCUGCUUCAUGCAGAAGAUCAAGGCCAGCCGCAGCGAGCCCGAUCUCUACUGCGACCCCCGGGGCACGCUGCGCAAGGGCACGCUGGGCGGCAAGGGCCACAAGACCACCCAAAGCCGCUACAGCUUCUACAGCACGUGCAGCGGCCAGAAGGCGGUCAAGAAGUACCCGGGGCGCCCGCCCUCCUGCACCUCCAAGCAGGACCCUGUGUGCGUCCCUUCCACCUCCUGCACCAAGGACCUGUCCUUCGGCCACUCCAGGGCCAGCUCCAAGAUCUGCAGCGAGGACAUUGAAUGCAGCGGGCUGACCAUCCCCAAGGCCGUGCAGUACCUGAGGUCCCAGGACGAGAAGUGCCAGGCCAUCGGGGCGUACUACAUCCAGCACACCUGCUUCCAGGACGAGUCUGCCAAGCAGCAGGUGUACCAGCUGGGCGGCAUCUGCAAGCUGGUGGACCUGCUCCGCAGCCCCAACCAGAAUGUGCAGCAGGCCGCAGCUGGGGCCCUGCGCAACCUGGUGUUCCGCAGCACCACCAACAAGCUGGAGACGCGGCGGCAGAACGGCAUCCGCGAGGCGGUCAGCCUCCUGAGGAGGACCGGGAGCACCGAGAUCCAGAAGCAGCUGACUGGGUUGCUCUGGAACCUGUCCUCCACCGAUGAGCUGAAGGAGGAGCUGAUUGCCGAGGCGCUGCCCGUGCUGGCUGACCGCGUCAUCGUCCCCUUCUCGGGCUGGUGCGAUGGCAACAGUAACCUGUCCCGUGAGCCCGUGGACCCCGAGGUCUUCUUCAACGCCACCGGCUGCCUGAGGAACCUGAGCUCCGCAGACGCGGGCCGCCAGACCAUGCGCAACUACACGGGGCUCAUCGACUCGCUCAUGGCCUACGUCCAGAACUGCGUGGCGGCCAACCGCUGUGACGACAAGUCAGUGGAGAACUGCAUGUGCGUCCUCCACAACCUCUCCUACCGCCUGGACGCCGAGGUGCCCACGCGCUACCGCCAGCUGGAGUACAACGCCCGCAACGCCUACACCGACAAGGCCUCCACCGGCUGCUUCAGCAACAAGAGCGACCGCAUGAUGAACAACAACUACGACUGCCCUCUUCCCGAGGAAGAGCCCAACCCCAAGGGCAGCAGCUGGCUGUACCACUCGGAUGCCGUCCGCACCUACCUGAACCUCAUGGGCAAGAGCAAGAAGGAUGCCACCCUGGAGGCCUGCGCGGGCGCCCUGCAGAACCUGACUGCCAGCAAGGGGCUGAUGUCCAGCGGCAUGAGCCAGCUGAUCGGGCUGAAGGAGAAGGGCCUGCCCCACAUCGCCCGCCUCCUGCAAUCUGGCAACUCGGACGUGGUGCGGUCUGGAGCCUCGCUCCUGAGCAACAUGUCCCGCCACCCUGCACUGCACAGGGUGAUGGGGACCCAAGUGUUCCCAGAGGUGACCAGACUCCUCACCAGUCACACUGGCAACACCAGCAACUCGGAGGACAUCCUGGCCUCGGCCUGCUACACCGUGAGGAACCUGAUGGCCUCCCUGCCGGGCAUGGCCAAGCAGCACUUCUCCAGCAGCAUGGUCAACAACAUCAUCAACCUGUGCCGCAGCAGCACCUCCCCCAAGGCUGCGGAGGCCGCCCGCCUCCUCCUGUCCGACAUGUGGUCCAGCAGGGAGCUGCAGGGGCUGCUCAGGCAGCAAGGUUUCGAUAGGAGCAUGCUGGGGACCUUAGCCGGGCCCAACAGCCUCAGGAACUUCACCUCCCGAUUCUGAGAGGGGCCGCCUGCACGUUCAGCUUGCAGACGUGAUCCGACCAGCUGAGCAGACCUGGGCCUUGCUGCGGGCGUGUCUGUCCACCUGCACAGUGUUUGGAGAUGUUCAAAGCCAGCCAAGAGCACACUGGGACGCUGCGGUGGAUAAAAAUAUUUUUAGAUUCUUUCUUUUCCUUGGGGGAACUGACAGGCAGUGGGGGUGGGGGAGGGGAGCCGGGGGCUUUCUUGAGUUAAGGGGGCUUAUGUCUUGAUGUUAAUACUUCUUUCGCUGAGAAACAGUAUAUAUACAUAUGUAUAGUGUGUGUGUGCAUGCGUGCAUGUGUGUGCGUGCGUGUGGAAGGCAGGCCCUGGAAGCGCAGGACCGGGUGAGCUGCGGGCUGAGCUCAUAGACGCGGGUGACCUGUGCUUGGGGUUUUGCUCCCCGUCAUCCCGAAGUAUGGGUGCCGGGCCCUCAGCAGCACCAGGCCCACGGGGAGUCCUGCAGGGUCAGGUGGGGGAGUGACUGGGGCUGGGGCUCACCCCCUGCCACCCACCCCAAGGGGCGGCUUUGCAGGAAGGGAGGUUGGCGGGGCUCAGUGUAUCUGCUGGGAAAUUUGGCAUGGCCGUGCGGCUCUCCCACGGGGCCUGGGGCUGGGGCUGGGCGGCUGUGGGGUCUGCUGGAUGGGCCGGGACAGGCAGGCUGGCUUUGCUGCGUGCAGUCUGCCAGGAGAGUAGGUGCCGGGGGGCAGCCGACCAUUCCUGCGGGCCGUGUACCCAUCAGAGCAGGCUCACCUGGGAGCCCUCGCCUACAGGGGCGAAUAAUCCACGUGUUGGGGAGGAAGGAGGCAGAGUGGUAUCAAAGCCCGCGAGCCGUGGGAGACCGGCAGCUCCAUCCUCGUGUUCCCAGUGGAGGAGCUGGCCUGGGUAGGGCAGGGGUCGGCCCCCGGGUCCCGAGACCUGCUGAGACCCCAGCGAGGCAGGGUUUCAGAGGAAGGCACUUGGCUAGGAAAGGGAGCCGUCAAGUCAGGGAUCAGCCAGAGGCCGCCUCGCCUUCCCUGACGCCCAGCUGCCCAUGACAACUGCAGAGAGUAUGAUGAGGAGCCUGCCAGGGGCACUGGCCACCCCAGACCCCCCGACUUGUAUGAGCGUAGAGCAGGCCCUGGAGAGGGCUUGGGAAGGGCGCCCCAUCUGCAGCUGAGACAGGGCAGGCCUUCUGGCCGCAGCCCCUGUGCCCAGCGGCGACUGGCCGCCUGGCCCUGCCCGCCUCAUACCUCCUCCUGCUGCGUGUCCCCCCACCGUCCCCCGACCAGCCCCACUGCUCACCCCGGCAGUCAGAUCCCGGCCCCGAGGACCUCCUGCCGGAGUCGACAGCUGGACAGGCCAGGUCGGCGCAGACCCGUGAUGGCGGGCCACACAGCCGGUGUUCUCUGCUGCUGGGCUCUGUGCCACGUCCGCCCCGUCCCCCGUGACGCAGGCUCGUCUCCCUCUCAGGCCCACGGGGAGCUGGUUCCAGAAGACCGUCCCCUCUGCCACUCCCAGGGCCCCAGGAGACUUUGUUUUCUCCAAGAAACAUGUGAGGAGCCAGGUGGUGUUGCCAACCCUUAGGAUACAUCAGUGAUGAGAGACCACACCCCAUCCACAUGGCCCACAUUCUCCUGGACGAAAGAGGGGGUCUAGGGUCCCCAGCUUUAGGGGUCCCCAGAGAGAGAGCACCGCCCAGUCCAGUCAGGGCUAGAGGGAAGGAGUCGACAACCAGGGGGUCUGUGGCAGUGCCAGGGAGGGCCCCCGCCUCUGCCGGGGGGUGGGCGGUGUUUCAGUGGGCCGGGUAGACAGGCCAGGCCUGGUUUGGCCAUCUCUCUCGUGACUUCUGCAGUCAGCUGGUCAGGCUUGUCACUUUAGAAGAGGCAGACCUUUGCAGGGGUGGGUGGUGCUGUGGAUGAGGCUCUAGAGAAGGAGCUCGGGGUCUGCAGGCCCAGCUUGGGCUGGAAGGACAUGUUGGCCUCAUGCUGCUGGGCUCGAUGCCCGAAACAGGACGUUCCAAUGCAGGGUCAAGUGGGGGAGGGCCCAGACCACGGGGGUCUCCCUAUGCAGCCCCGACCCAGGGCUUAAGGCGGACGGGCCACUGGCCGGCAGACCCGCCUGGUGGGCCCAGCCCAGCAGCGCAGACCCAGCUGCUCCCGGACCAGAGGCGGAGCUGCUCCUGUCUGCCUGGGGCUGAGUGGAGCCAGGGGCAGGGGAGGGAAAGGGGUCCCUUUGCAGCCUGCUCCUGCCCCCCGCUCUGUGUCUGUGGGAGAACUGGGCACUGGCCAGGCCUGUUUCCCUGUGGGGUACACUGUGUGUUUGCUUUUUUGGAAAUAUAGGAAAUCAAUAAAUUGCUGGCGUUUCUUUGAA